UUUGUAGUUCUCUGAAGUCUGCGCACUCACACAAUAAUUACAGCUCCACAACUCAGUCUCCAGAAGCUGUAAGGAAUAAUAACUAAUCUGGUUGAGCAGAACACAGCACCAUUCCCAAGUUGUGCAAACACUAGUUGCAUUUCUAGAAGAAAACAUGGCAAAACCAUAUGAGUUCAACUGGCAGAAGGCUGUCCCUUCAUUCAUGCAGGAAGGUGCUAUGUUUGACCGAUAUGAAGAGGAGUCAUCUGUGUUUGAACCGAACUGCCUCUUCAAAAUGGAUCAAUUUGGUUUUUUUCUUACAUGGAAAAGUGAAGGAAAGGAAGGCCAGGUUUUAGAAUGCUCUCUAAUCAACAGCAUACGUUGUGGCGCUGUACCAAAGGACUCCAAAAUACUAUCAGCGCUGGAGGCAGCCGGGAAGGCAGAGCAGGAGCUAGAAGGCCGGAUAGUGUGUGUCUGUAGCGGUACCGAUCUGGUGAACAUCAGCUUCACGUACAUGGUAGCGGAGAGUGUGGACGUGGCAAAGCAAUGGGUAGAAGGGCUAAGGUCUAUCACGCAUAACUUUAGAGCCAACAACGUCAGUCCAAUGACAUGUCUCAAAAAACACUGGAUAAAACUGACCUUUCUGACAAAUGUAAAUGGAAAGAUCCCAGUAAGAAGUAUUACAAGAACCUUUGCAUCAGGAAAAACAGAAAAGGUCAUUUUUCAAGCAAUUAAGGAGUUAGGCUUUCCCUGCGGAAAGAACGAUGAAAUUGAGCCAUCUGCAUUCACGUUCGAAAAGUUUUAUGAACUUACCCAAAAGAUCUGUCCUCGAACUGAUAUAGAAGAGCUGUACAAGAGAACCAUUGGAGAAAAGGCAGAGUUUUUAGCGGUAGACCAAUUAGUGAGCUUUCUAAAUGAACACCAAAGAGAUCCUCGACUGAAUGAAAUUUUAUUCCCAUUCUUUGAUGCAAAAAGAGGCAUGCAGAUAAUAGAAAAAUAUGAGCCAGAUGAAGAACUGAAGAAAAAUGGUCUUAUAUCAAGUGAUGGAUUUUGCAGAUACUUGAUGUCGGAUGAAAAUGCCCCUGUGUUUCUCGACCGUUUGGAAUUGUACCAGGAGAUGGACCAUUCUCUUGCUCACUAUUUUAUCAGUUCAUCCCAUAAUACAUACUUGACUGGGAGGCAGUUUGGCGGGAAGUCCUCCGUGGAGGUGUAUAGACAAGUCCUUCUGUCAGGAUGCAGGUGUGUUGAACUUGAUUGCUGGGAUGGGAAAGGAGAAGACCAUGAACCUAUCAUAACUCAUGGGAAAGCUAUGUGUACGGAUAUCUUGUUUAAAGAUGUGAUUGUAGCGAUCAAGGAGACCGCGUUUGUCACAUCCGAAUAUCCUGUAAUACUUUCGUUUGAGAAUCACUGCAGCAAAUAUCAACAGUACAAAAUGUCCAAGUACUGUGAAGAAAUAUUUGGAGACCUUCUUCUGAAGCAACCUCUGGAGACGCACCCACUUGAAGCAGGGCGACCUUUACCUUCUCCCAAUGAUCUCAAAAGAAAAAUUCUUAUUAAAAACAAGCGACUGAAACCGGAAGUGGAGAAAAAACAGCUGGAAGCAAUAAAAAGUAUGAUGGAGGCUGGAGUAACUGUGGCUCCUGUUAGUAUUCUUGAAGAUGACAACGAAGAAGAAAUAGAAAAUGCUGAUCAAGAAGAGGAAGCUCAUCCCGAGUUAAAAUUUGGGUCUGAACUAUCAGCCGAUGACCUCAGUCAAAAAGAAGUUGCAUUAAAUCUGGCAAAAAAGGCACUUGAAGAUGCUGAACAAGAAAAUAACAAUAAGAAGGGCACGUUAUCCGUAGAGGAGGAACAGGUGUGGAUGGCGAACUAUCAGCAUGUGCAGGCUACGACCAACAUCCAUCCAUUCUUGUCUACAUUGAUCAACUAUGCCCAGCCUGUAAAAUUUCAAGGCUUCAAAGUGGCAGAAGAAAAGAACAUUCACUUUAACAUGUCCUCUUUUAAUGAGUCGGUUGGGCUUGGAUACCUGAAGACACAUGCCAUUGAAUUUGUGAACUAUAACAAACGUCAGAUGAGUCGGAUCUACCCUAAAGGGGGUAGAGUGGAUUCCAGUAAUUACAUGCCUCAGAUUUUCUGGAACGCCGGCUGCCAGAUGGUGUCUCUGAACUUUCAGACCCCAGAUUUAGCAAUGCAGCUGAAUCAGGGAAAGUUUGAAUACAAUGGAUCAUGUGGCUACCUCCUGAAACCAGAUUUUAUGCGACGCCCCGAUAGAACAUUUGACCCAUUCUCGGAGACCCCUGUGGAUGGCGUGAUUGCAGCAACCUGUUCUGUUCAGGUUAUAUCUGGACAGUUCCUAUCAGACAAAAAAAUCGGCACAUAUGUAGAGGUUGACAUGUACGGGUUACCCACAGACACCAUCCGGAAAGAGUUUCGUACGCGCAUGGUGAUGAACAAUGGUCUGAAUCCUGUUUACAAUGAUGAACCAUUUGUAUUCCGAAAAGUUAUCCUACCUGAUCUAGCUGUUCUGAGGAUAGCCGUGUAUGACGACAACAAUAAAUUAAUAGGCCAGCGGAUAUUACCUCUUGAUGGUCUACAGGCUGGUUAUCGUCACAUUUCUCUACGAAAUGAAGGCAACAAGCCACUUUCACUACCCACUGUCUUCUGUAAUAUUGUUCUGAAGACCUACGUUCCAGAUGGAUUUGGAGAUAUUGUGGAUGCUUUAUCAGAUCCAAAGAAGUUUCUCUCUAUAACUGAAAAAAGAGCAGACCAAAUGAGGGCAAUGGGUAUUGAAACCAGUGAUAUAGCGGAUGUGCCAAAUGACAACUCCAAAAACGAUAAGAAAGGGAAGGUGAACAAUGCCAAAACAAACGUUACUCCUCAAACCAGUUCAGAACUGAGACCAGCAGUAGCUUCAUCCUCUGGCACAGGACCUGAAACUAAACGGGUUAUGGAGGUUAUUCCUCAAGUGAAACUUGAAGAUUUGAAACAGAUGAAGGCAUUCAUCAAACAGCAGAAGAAACAGCAGAAGGAGCUCAACAGUCUUAAGAAGAGGCAUUUGAAGGAAGACAGCGCUGUGCAGAAGGCGCACUGCACACAAGUUGACAAAUUAGUGGCACUGUAUGCUAAAGAAAAAAUGUCUCUUGAGAAGACCUUAGAGAAAGCAAUCAAGAAAAAAGGAGGAAGUAACUGUCUUGAAAUGAAGAAAGAAACAGAAAAUAAAAUUCAGGUAUUAACUUCAGAUCAUAACUACAAGGUAGCAGACUGCGUGGCCAAGCAUACAAAAGAGUGGUCCGAGCUAGUUAGCACCCACAGCGCUGAGGAGCAGGAACUGCGGGACCUCCACUUAAGACAACAGUGUGAGCUCCUCAAAAAACUGCUUAUCACCGUCCAAGAGCAACAGGCACAGCAACUAAAACUGUCCCAGGAAAGAGAAAGCAAGGAGAUGCGUGCAAACCAGGCUAAAAUCUCAAUGGAAAACAGCAAAGCCAUCAGCCAUGAUAAAUCUAUAAAAAAUAAAGCUGAAAGAGAGAGGCGAGUCAGGGAGCUGAACAGCAGUAACACAAAGAAGUUUCUUGAAGAGAGGAAAAGAUUGGCAAUGAAACAUUCAAAAGAAAUGGAUCAAUUGAAAAAAGCUCAAGAUGAACAUUUGGAAGUCCUCGAAAAGCAGAAUGACCAGCUAUUGAAAUCCUGUCACACAGUGUCUCACCUGCAAGGCAAAGGAGAUGCAGCAGAUGGUCAGAUUGGAGGCAGAGAUGGGCCGCAGGCCAGCAACAGUUGUGUAAGACUGCAAAAUGCUAACUGAAGUCAAGAAAAUCCACUGUCCUCUGAAGAACACUGUACAAUACAGAGCACAGACACUGACGAUGGAGCGUGCGCUCAUACUGUACCCCUGUGUGCAGGCGGAAAGUGGGGGCACUAGGUUUUAGGACUGGCAUUUUUCCCUUUAACAUUUUGAGCACUGUUAUAUUUAUUCUACAGAAAUAGAAUUCUAAAGCUACUGAGAGAUCGUUUUAUUCAGCAUAGCAGUAUGUUCAUAUUUUUAUUAUUUGCAGCCUGUGUCUUGUUCACCUUUUUAGUAUUUUAUUUUUUACUCACAUGGAUACUGAGAUGAGAGAGAUGUUAGCUAACCAUGUUUUUCAACUGAGUGCUACGGUUCUCUGAUGACUUCGUCUGCGCUACAUGCGGCUCAUGUUUAAGAGCCGUGGGCUGUAUUCACUAAGCAGUGCCAUUGCAUCUAAUGACUUUGAGAAUAUAUCAGGUACCUUGCAUCAGUGUUCACUGGCCGGUGUCUCUAUUUUGCAUGGUUGUUUAGAACGGUUAAUAAUUGCGUUAAGGUGUUUAACGCUAGGCGCGCAGAAAUAGGCCCAUCUGGAAACUGUAAAAAUGUCCUAUGUUGACAGUUCCCAGCAAGCACAACGUGUUCCCAUCUGCAGCUGUCCCCAAAUACCAUUCUCUUAAGCUGUGCCUGGAGACCAUUACCAUUCACUCUAAAUUGUAUAUUGAGGAUAUCGAAAGGUAAAGAACAAAACAGCAAAAGUGACAGAGGGUGUUUGUUGAUCGCAAAUCCAAAUUGCUUACUGUAUCCAAGCAAUUUUCUCGUUCUGGCUGGCGUGGGCAGCAAGAAAAUCAGCAACUUUAUUUAAAAAAAAAAAAUUCUCCCUCUUCUUGCCGCUUAGUAUCAUAAUUUCAUCCUUAAUGCAUAUCCGAGAGCUCAGCCUUGUCAGGAUGAAGAAUAGAACUUGGAAGGAUUAAACGUGUGCUCACAGAACAUUCAGUAAUAUCCCAGGAAGAACAGCCUUUCAUUUUUUUUAAAUCAUUUUUUUGCUGCUUUUUUUUUUUUUUUUUUAAGGGAUACAAGUAAAAGGGAGGAAUUUUAACAAAUUACGGAAAUAUAUUGGGGUAAUAUUAUGUUAAUCAUUAAUCGGGUGACAUAACUGCUUGAAAUGAUUUUUAAAUGCAAAAAUAAAAUUAUAGGUCACUUGAAAGACGAAAAAUGCAAGCCAUGUAAAAAGCUAUUGUGGGGUCCAAAUCGAUGCAAAUGUAGCAUCUGCUCAUGUAUAUAAAACAGGGAAAAGCGGAGAACACUGGACCAAAAUAGACGAUGGAACUGAAAUUGUGGAUUAUUUGAUACUUGGGUUUUGGAUAUGAUGCAAUAUAUUUAGAACGACGUAACAGUGCUACAAUUUUAUGUCAAUGUAUCCUUUGCACUGUUGUAACUUUGUACAAGAAAAGUCACCCUUUUAGACUUUUUAGUUUAACACUGAAUUUUUUUUUUCAUUUUUCGGCCUCACUUUGAGAGUGUUUUGUAAAAGAAAAAAAAAAAAAGACUGGCGCUCACCUUCACAAAGACAUCUUCAUAGAUACUACUGUAAUAAAUGGAGGAGAAAAAUAAGCCUAAAGGGAUCCUUUUUCAUCAUUAGCCGUCUUUAUUUUUACAUAUCCUUCAGUGUUGCAAAUGAAGUAUUUGUACUACUUUUUGUGUAUGUUAUAGAAUAAAAGCCUAGCCGGCACCAAAGAUAUAACAUAUAAAUAUAAAUAUAUAUUCUGAGCUGCAACGUUAGGGUUAUGUUAAUAAUUUAAUAAAUGUGCGAUGUUGUAAUUACUUGAAUUUUGGGAAAUGUGUAACAGAGUGCUUUCAUUUGAAGCGUAACGGGUUGUUUUAUCUUUAUUCGCUGGUAAAUACAGAAUAAAAAAAAAAAAGAUUUGGUAGGACGUUAUGGAAAUGUUUUAAAGCAAUAAAUAACACAGGGAUGUCCCUUUUGGAAGCAGUGCUCAUAUGUUAAAAGGAUCAUGCUAUAGGCACUUUAAGACAAGUUUACAGCCAAUUGUACAGAAAAUGCAUAUUCAUUUAAAUGCUGCAAGCCCCUGGUGUCUGUUUGUUGUACAUUGACACUGCAACGAGAGAAACAGUAGGUUUGUAACUGUGAAGAAAUACAAGAUAUAUAUAUAUAUAUAUAUAUAUACCUGUAAUGAAAUAUUGUAGACUAUCCAUGUUAACACAGGGACUUUGUAAACAUGAUUAUUACAUUUGCAUGUUCUGCAGGAACCUGUAAUAAGUACCUUUUAUGCAUUAGAUCAUAGCCAUGCUGUAUUUCUGAAAUAUACGGUUUUAAUGUAGCACACAUCAUAUUAUUUACCGAUGAAAUGAUUUGGGGGAGGGGGUUCUUUUUAAACCCUUUGUGUGCUUGGGCAGCCAGUCUUUGCCCAUCUGCAAGUCAGAGGGUUAUAUAUGCAGUUAAAUGUGGCCAAUAAAGAUUUGUGGUUUCUCGUAUAUAUUAUACAGGAUAAUUUCACAAAAAAAAGAUGUAUGCAGAAUUUCUAAUGUUUUAUGGUUGAUAAUUGUUCACACAGUUUUCCAGGGAGAUUACUUGCAUGGUCCCUCAGCCUGCAGUAUGUAUAUUCCAGACAAAUGCAUGUUGGUGAACAUACUAGCAACAUAUUCAUGUUGUCAGUACAAACCGUGUUAAGAAACUAGUAGCUUAGAACAAUUUAUUUAUGAAUCUCAGUGUUCUAAACACCGGUUCUUUGUAUGUUCCUUCUUCUGACACUCCAAGGAGUAGACGUGCUUAGUAAUGAAAAGUCCUGUUCAUCUCCUUCCUUACGACAUAGUGCUUUUCAGUUUCCAUCCUUUCAUCUAUUAGCAAAUCAAACAUAUCAAAAUGUCUAAAUGUGUGGGGGGGUGUUUUUAAAUCCCAAAUAUUAUAGAAAAUAUAAUCCACAACUACAAAAAAAAUGUAGCAUUUUCAAUUUUCCUGUUCUUUGUGGAUGUAUUGUUAGCAAAAAAAAUGGUAAACCAACAGAAUUGUGCUAUCAAACGUCAUUAAAAUAUUUUGUUACAUAUUUACAAA